CUCGUAGCCGCGCCCAGACUCAAAUUCAAAUCAGGACCACCGCGACGACCACCGUUACCGCCACCGCAGAUUCGAUUCUGAAAUGGCGAACGUGGAUGAACUCUUAUCUUCCUUAAUCUCAGACAUCCAUACCUACACCGGCAAGGACCCUCUUCUUCCCUGGCUUCGCGCGAUCCGAAAGGUGAAGGACACGCUUCCACCCAAAACCCUAAAGGAAAAACUACCCGCGUUCUUGCAGAAAUGCGCACAUACCUUCGAGCUCGAUCGACGUUACAGAAACGACAUGCGCUAUCUUCGGAUUUGGCUCCAUCUGAUGGAUUUCGUGGAUGAUCCAAAAACGCUUUUGAGAACCAUGGAGGUUAAUCACAUUGGGACAAAACGUUGUGAAUUCUACCAAGCGUAUGCGCUUUACUACGAGAAGAGCAAGAAGUACGAUGAGGCAGAGAAAAUGUACCAUCUGGGAGUGAAGAACCUUGCAGAGCCUGUAGAUAAAUUGCAGAAAUCAUAUGAACAAUUUCUUCAACGGAUGGAGCGAAAAAACAAUAAGAGAAUUCAGCAUCAGGAAGCAAAAGGUGCCAGGAGGCCUCUGUCUACAAAAAGCUUCCCUUCUCUUGACAACAAGACUGAGGGAAGCAAAAGCAAUGGAGCAUGCUGUGUUGAGGGUGGUGUGCAAAAGGGACCCCGAAUUGAUAAUUAUGCAGCUAAAGGUGUAGCUGAUGAUAAAAACGUAAAGACCAAGAAGGAUGAGCGCAAGAGAUUUCAUGGAGACGAUACAGUUGUAGUCAAGUUUGUUGACACUGCCAUGGUUGGAAAGUCUGAAGCAGAAGACGCAUGCCAUCAUGGAUUAGUGGAUCCUACAAUAAAUAUGAAGGAGGCCAUGAAUGCCAUUAACAGCAUGUUCCGGGAACCGUUAGAGACUGUUCUAUUAGGCAGGAAAUCACAUAAAAACCAUCCAAAAGAAGAUCCUAGUACAAAGAACGAAUUUGAGGUUUUUGUUGAUGAAAACAUGGAUCAUGGAAUCAAACCAUCAGGUUCCUUGUCACUUCAAAACAGGACUGAAGCUAGCCAACCUCACCCAGAACCGCUCCAGAUAUACGUUGAUGAUGAAGAAAAUUCCGAGACCAGUGAUGUGAAUGUGAAUCUGUUUGAAGGUAGUAGUACUUCAUCGGCUUCACAACCAAAUGGUUUUGUUUUUCUACGCCCCAAGGAUAUUCCUUCUGAAAAAUCUAGUGAUAUGGAUGCUGACAUCGGUCGUAAUUCAAAGUUCAGAGAGGAUACAGUCGUUUGCAGAUUUGUUGGUUCUGCCAUUUUGGAUGAACCAGAGGUGGAAAAUGUUUGCCACCACGGUUUAGUAGACCCCACCAUCAACUUGAAGGAAGCUAUGGAUGAUAUAAAUAACAUGUUUGGGAAGCCAAUAGAUUUUGUUAGGAGAAGAAGAACCACCACCAAGCAAGAGAAAGCCCCCCAGAGCAAUAGGGGAAAUGACUUUGGUGGGUUUUCAAUCCUUGUUGAUGAUGAGCACCCGGUGCAACAAGUUCCACAACCACCACCACCAAAAUUGCAAGAAAAAUCCAAGGAAUCUGAUUUGUUUGAGCCAACUAUGCUCACAAAGGAAGCCAUAGACGAUAUAAACAAGAUGUUUAACAUGCCUCUGGAUUUUUAGGAAUAAGUCGAUUGCUGAGUGCCUAUUCUGAUUUCUGAUAUGUAAGCAGAAUUUGAUUUUGUGUUAGGUAUUCGAAUGAAAAGUUUCAGUUGUCAUUUUUUUAAGGAAUAAAAUGAGAUUAAAUAACCACAGUAACAUUGCAAUAUAGUAAAUACCAAAAGGAAACAUCUUAGAUUGAAUACUAUGUAGACACAAACAAUAGGCAACAAUAAAAUCAUGAUCAAAUGAAUUUCAAUGCAUGGCCAAAGGCAAAUUGUUUGGGACAUUAGUGGUGAGUCUGUGAGCAUUCAGAGGGACGGAAAGCCAAGGGACCAGCAGCAUAUAUGACAGCCUCAUACUUGCUUCCAUGCAAUUUCUUGUUCUCAUAACGAAGUGGAGCACCAUUGAGACCAUAAUUGACAUUGGAGAGAAGGCUGCAACUUUCAAGAGGAGACCAAACAGGCUUCACGUAGCAAGAGUGGAGGGGGUGAUCAAGUAUAUAAUGCUGCAUCUUGAACCCUUCAAGUGGUGCAUAAAGGUAACACUCACUUUGGCUGAAGGAAUAGGCUUGGCUCCAAUCAAAGACCAUGUUCCAAAGUGGUCACAGCUCUGGCAGUAGACAGUGGCUUCCACCACCACCUCUAUUUUCUUUGUUGUUUUUGGAACAUCUGCAUUGGCUUCUGUGCAAGAGAAUGCCACCAGAAGAAGCAACAGAGAAAGGAUACUGAAGUACCUACCAGCCAUUUCCUUGAGGGGUGAACUAAGGGACUAGGAAGAGUUCAGAGAUCAAGGCUUGGCAAUUGAAGAGACAUUCGGUACAUUGGAUAUAUAUAGUUGAUAGCUCAUUGGUAAUGGGGGGACUUGGGUUUAAUUGAUAAUGAAGCACAUCAACGUGCCAUCCACUCCGCUGCCAAUAAAUCUCAUCUCUAUACGUGAAGACCACCUUUUGCCAUGUACAUAUUUUCAUGUUAUAUGUAGGUGACUAUGUGUCAGGGCCGUUCCUGAGAUUUUAUGCAAAAAAUUAAUUUGGACUUUUUAA